UCCAACAGAUUUAGAUUUUGCAAGCCUCUGCGUUGAUGAGCAUGGUAUUGAAACACAUUGCUAAGAAAGGUUUUCAACACACAAAUGUGUCAUUUCCUUUCUUCAUGUGGUAGACGCUGAAAUACUAUGAGAUAAAGGUUUUAGGUUUCAUUUGUAAAGGAGGGAAGUGGAUAUAAAUCAGUGCUGCCUUCUUUAGGACCAAAGAACUAUGGAUCAACAGGAAGACAACGACAGCUGCUCGGAAUCUGUGAAAUUUGAUGCUCACUCAAUGACAGCUUUGCUUCCUCUGAAUCCUAAAAAUGGCCCUACCCUUCAAGAGAAAUUGAAGUCCUUCAAAGCUGCACUGAUUGUCCUUUAUCUCCUUGUGUUUGCAGUUCUCAUACCUAUCAUUGGAAUAGUGGCAGCUCAACUCCUGAAGUGGGAAGUGAAAAAUUGCACAGUUGGUUCAGUUUAUGAAAAUGGUAUAUCUCAAAGUCUCACGGAAAAAGGAAAUGGCAGUGAAGAAGCAACGAGAUUUCAAGAAGUUGUUAUGGAACACAUGAGCAACAUGGAGAAGAGAAUCCAGCAUAUUUCAGAUACAGAAGCCAAUCUCAUAGAUUCAGAGCGUUUCCAAAAUUUCAGUGUGACAACUGAUCAAAGAUUUAGUGACGUUCUUCUCCAGCUAAGUACCUUGGUUUCCUCAGUCCAGGAACAUGGGAAUGCAAUAGAUGAAAUCUCCAAGUCCUUAAUAAGUCUGAAUACCACAUUGCUUGAUUUGCAGCUCAAUAUAGAAACGUUGAAUGGGAAAAUCCAAGAGAAUACGAUUAAACAACAAAAGGAAAUCAGAACAUUAGAGGAGCGUGUGUACAAUGCAUCAGCAGAAAUGAUGUCUAUGAAAGAAGAACAAGUGCAUUUGGAACAGGAAAUAAAAGGAGAAGUGAAAAUAUUGAAUAACAUCACCAAUGAUCUCAGACUGAAAGAUUGGGAACAUUCUCAGACAUUAAGAAAUAUUAGUUUACUUCAAGGUCCUCCUGGCCCCCCAGGUGAAAAAGGAGAUAGAGGUCCCCCAGGAGAACAUGGUCCACAAGGCAUUCCAGGUCCAAUGGGUCCUCCAGGUCUUAAAGGUGAUCGGGGAGCAAUUGGCUUUCCUGGAAGUCGAGGAUUCCCGGGAUCAGCAGGCAGGCCAGGAAGUCCUGGACAAAAAGGCCAGAAAGGGGAAAGGGGGAGUGGAAACACAUCAAGACCAGUACAUCGCCCUGGGCCCUUUUAAAAUCAGGUGGGUGGGCGAGACACCCUCUGCUACCAUCUCAUUCGAGGGCCCUUCACCUCUGGACAAGUCAUCAACACAGCUGACUUUCAAGAUCCCUUUGUGGCUCCUCCAAAUGACCUUGGUCCCCGUGUCAUGCCCGACUUCCACAUGACUUCCUCUCCUGGUCCUUGGUGCUAUUUGGGCCUCUGCUCCCGUGUUCAUACCUCUCUGUACUCCAAUUGCCCCACUGUCACCCCGAUCCCCUAGCACCCCCAGCCUGGACACCUUCCAUGUGCUGACUGGUGGGCUGCUCCAACCAGUCCUCACGUGCCAGCCAGGAGUUCUCUGCUGCCCACUCACCUAGAGUCUUGCUGAACCCAAUUUAAUCCAUUGGGUUCUAGGAUAAAUCUCAUAGGUCCUGAUGAGAUGUGGGUUCUUUAUAUUGAAAACAUUAUUCACAACCAGGGGUAGGGAUCACAUAGAAGAAAAUCCAUUCAUUCAAUCAUUUAUUCACUCAUUCAUUUAGCAUAUUUCCGUUGUGUACCUCCAUGAGCUGGAUGUAACAGCUAAUAAGACAGAUAUUGUCCCUGGCUUCUAGAGUGAUUUUCCCUGAGAGACAUACACAAAUAAACAGGCAAUUACAGUACAUCAAAGUUACAUUGGGGUUAUCACAGGGCCGGAUGGGUUUUCAGAGGAGGUAAAGAUUGUUGAAUUCCUUAGAAUAUUUAAAAAAAUUGAUUUUGAUUCACUUAGUUUACCUUCUCAUCUUAUUCUCCAAAUUACAGCAUUAUUUUUAAGUUUUAAAGUGAGGUAAAGUGGAGUUUGGACAAUUUAUUCAAUACAUUUAAACCAAAACCAAAACUUAUUUUCUUAUGUUACCUGGCCAUUUCAAACAAAAACAUUUUGAUCAUUAAAAAAUACUGCUGAUUUUUUUUAUUCCAAAAAGUUCUUUACAUGUUAUGCUUUAAGUAUCUAGUAUAUAUCCUGGAGAAAAAGAAAUACUUCAGUAGAACUGAAGAUAUUUUAUGUAGGUGAAGAAAGGGCAGAAAAUGAACAAAAAGAAAAAGAACAAAAAGGCAACAAAAAAGGAAUAGGGAGAAUGUAGGAUUCCACGUUAUUUUGAGUUUUUAUUUACUGAUUAAAAGACCACAGAUUCACAACUCUCCUCUCCUUGAACUUUUAACACAUAACACCAGGGUUUGCACCAACCAUUAGGGCUCUAGCAGAAUUCUAAGUAGUAUGCCUGUGUGUGUCUCACUUUUCCCCUUUCCUCCCCUGUGAAAUGGACAUGUUAACACCUACCUCACAGGGUUGUUGUGAGGAUGAAAUAAGAUAUUGUGUGUGUGACGAUGCUCUGUAAAAUCAUAAAGUACUUUAAAGAUGUAA